AAUAUCUAAAAUUUUUACAGUAAAUGAAAUGCUGACGUCAUAAUACUCUUAAAAUUAGGUGAAUCCAGCCUCUUCCGGCAUUGGCAAACUCCUCAGAGAAGCUAAGCAGAGGAAGAUCCUUCAUCGGCACAAACAGUCUCAUAAUUCCAUAACUUCAAGGAUUUUGGCUAACAUAAUAUUUUUUGAUGCUUUACUUCUCAGGUUAGUCAUCAAUCUUAUCUUCUUUUUGCUCUGCUUUUGCGCGAUUUAUAUGAGCGAUAACUGCGAUGCUCCGUCCUUCACUUUCGAAGAGAAUUCCCAGAUGGGUCAAUCUAAAAGUAUCCCUUUCUUCAGUUUCUUGCACUAAUAGCAUUCAAAUCAACCCAGAAAUUGAUCAAAACUUACAUAACACAAAUUUAGAAGAAAAGAUUCAAUUUUUGAGGAAUAAGCUGUACCCGGAUAGCUUAAUCAAGGUCUUGCGGAGCACUAAUGAUAUAAACUCUGCUGUUAACUUAUUCAAAUGGGCUUCCCUUCAGAAACGUUUUCAUCACACUGCAGAUACAUUUUAUUGGAUAAUUUUGAAGCUGGGUAUGGCCGGCAAUGUCGAGGAAAUGGACGGUUUUUGUCAAAUUUUGGUAAAAGAUGGGUUCCCAGGUGUAGAACAUGCUCUUGUUUCAUUGAUUGAAUCAUUUGUUAGACAUGGCAGGCUAAAUGAAGCUAUAUGCGUUCUUGUUAACAUGAGUUUGGGUGGUUAUAAGCCUUCCAUUAAUGUAUAUAAUAUUAUUUUGGGAGAUCUUGUAAAGGAGAGGAGAGGAUUUCAAGAUGUGGUGUUCGUUUACAAGGAGAUGGUGAAGGCAGGAGUGGUACCUACUGUUGAUACUUUGAAUUAUUUGUUGGAGGUUUUGUUUGAGAGCAAAAGGAUUGAUUCUGCUUUGGAUCAAUAUAGGAGGAUGGGUAAGAAAGGAUGUAGUCCUAAUAGUAGGACUUUUGAGGUAGUUAUAAAAGGUCUUAUUGUUAAUAAACAAGUUGAUGAUUCCAUUAUCAUUUUGGAUGAGAUGCUAAAAAACAAUUGCUUGCCGGAAUUGAGUUUUUAUAUAUGUAUAAUACCUUUGUUUUGCAGGGAAAAUAAAUUGGAAGAGGCAAUUAGGUUGUUUAGGAUGAUGCAGACCGCCAACUUUGUUCCAAGUUCAUUUAUUUAUGAGGCUCUGAUGCACUGUUUGUGCAAAAACCUUCAGUUACAUGAUGCAGUAAGCCUUAUUGAAGAGAUGAUGGAAAGUUGUUUGACACCAGGUAAUAACGUUCUUGUGGAUGUUGUAAAUGGGUUUUGUAAAUUAGGAAAGAUAAAUGAGGCUGUGAAGUUCUUGGAAGACAAACAUGUUCUUGAAACUUCUCCAUAUAAUGCAUUGCUUGGAGGUUGUUGUGAUGCUUCUAAAUUCUCUGUGGCUAAGGGUCUGCUGGAGAAAAUGUUCAUGAAAGGUAUAGCUGAUUGUGAUUCUUGGAAUAUUCUAAUCAGAUGGCUUUGUGAGAAGGCAGAAAUCAGGAAGGCACAUGAACUUCUUGGGAGAAUGAUUAUGUCUUCAUUGGUUCCUAAUUUUGCCACAUACUCAGCUCUUGUUCUUGGUCACUGUAGGUUAAACAAGUUUGAAGAUGCUCUACAACUAUUCCUGCAAUUCCAUGCCAAAUGUUGGGUUUUAGAUUGUAUUUCUUACUCGGAGCUAAUUGAAGGCCUCUGUAGGGCAGGAAAGCUUCUAGAGGCUACUGAAGUGUUUCGCUACAUGUUUGCUAGUGGAUGUUCCCUUCAGCCUUCCUUCCUUAGUAUGCUGAUCAAGGAUGUAUGUGAAAAGGGAAUGGUUAAUGAAGCUGUCAGGCUACAGCAGAUGGCUUAUGAUUCUGUCAUCUCUUGUGCUAAUGCCACUUACAAUUAUAUUCUGCUUGGCUUGUCUAAAUCAGACAAGGGAAGAAAUCUUCUAGAAUUUCUCUCACAAAUGCUGGUUAAGGGCUGCAAUGUAGAUGCAGGAGCAUAUUGCAUUCUGAUACAAAGCAUGAUUGAGCAGAAUCGAAUAAAGGACUCUGCUUUAUUUUUCAAUACCAUGGUUAAAGAGGGUUUAAUACCUGAUGCAGACGUACUGCAUAAUCUAUUAUUAUGCUUAGCCAAUCAUUCACAGCUGUAUCUGAUUUUAACAACAAUUGACAAUCUUGUUCCUGAUUCACAAGUUCUUGAUUCAGCAAUGUACAACAUACUGGUUACUGGUCUCUGGAAAGAGGGCCAUAGGAACGAGGCACGUCGAUUAUUGGAUUUGAUGUUGGAGAAGGGUUGGGUCCCAGAUGCUUCUACUCAUAGAUUGUUGAUUGGAUCUGUUAGUGGCGUGGAAAGUGAACAGAAAAUGUCAACAUAUGAAAACUUUGCAAUCAAAGAUAAUGUUCUUGACAUACUUGUUGAGGGCUUGGGGAAAACAUGAGUAUGUCCAUUUCCAAGAUACAUUUUGAUUAACAGAUCUCUUGAUUUCUUAUGGCAAUUUCUGCUGCUGAGCUUAAAGAUGUAAGAUCUUGUCUCAACUUUUCCAUCUCAGGAGGAUCUGGAAUUGUUUCAUUAAAUUCAUAUUUGUGGCUGUCAUGAGCGGUAUGUACACAGAUAGAUGUAUUAAUUAGUCCUUUUGGAUUGAGUGUUAACAUGCCCAAUUAAUCAAAAUCUGUAUUAUGAACAA